CCAUCGUACGCAUGGUUACGUGCACUUUCGGUCCGCCAACCGGUUGCUCGUCAAGUCUCGUUAUCAUUCGAGCAAUGGAGUCCAGAGGAUAUAUCGACUUCGUUAUCACAUAUCGAUUAUAAAGUACUUAGUAGGAUUUCUAUAGCUGAACUCAAGCGGUACGUGAAAGACGGGUCCCCAGCGAAUACGCCUAUGUUAGAGCGAUCAAUAUCUAUAUUUAACAAUCUCUCAAACUGGGUACAAAUUAUGGUUCUUAGCAAGACGACGCCCAAGGAGAGGGCCGCAAUAGUGACUAAAUUUGUCAACGUAGGCAAGCAUUUACGAAAAUUAUGCAAUUUCAAUACUUUGAUGGCAGUGAUUGGUGGUAUCACUCACAGCAAUAUUUCUCGGUUAUCAAAAAGGAAUUCCCAGUUGGCACCAGAAACUAGGAAGGUCAGUGUUUCACCAAAAUUUAUCCAUUAUUACUGGUUAUCGAUCUAG